AUGAGCAUACUGUUUGCCAUCGCACGGAUUGCGCGGCACACGCAGCGUCUUUAUCGCUUGUCCAUGGGCUUCGCGAUUCUCUUCUCCCUGACGUGUGCAGGCUUUAUCGUGCAAAAGGCGCGGAAUUUUGAAUCGAGCAGUCAAUGGUACCAAUUGCCUUGUCCUUCCUGCCGCGUCGGGCAACCGAUAGCAGCGUACCAGCUCGUAGCCAAGUGUGUCGCCGACACUAUUCUGGUGGUCUUUUCCUUUCGAUUGCUCUGGAACGUCAACCUGCCCUCUCGACAGCGGCGAAUGAUUCUCGCGAUAUCUUCAUCUAGCAUUCUCAUGUCGAUGUUCUCCUUGUUCCGUGCUAUCGCCCACUUUCUAGUCUCUACGUGGGUAGAGACAAUUGCAGUGAAUUUAGAGGUAUUGUCUUCCCUGAUAAUUUGCAACCUGCUGGUGGUUGUGACCUAUGCAUAUCGGGUGCUCAUCCGCGAACCUGGCGAUCCGGAAGAUGACGACUUUAGCAGUCCAAUUCCAUCUGUCACCUCAUCGCAACGGCUCACCACUAUUGCCCUCGACUUAGUCACUGAGACUUCCGCUUCUUUCCGCCCCCUCGACUCACCAGAAAACUUCGUCCCAAAUCGUAAAGAGGAUACGAGAUCUUACAUCGGUGCGACUCACGCUGGACUCAUCUGUGGUGGUUACCACUUUGCUCACCCUGACUUGUCUAAUGGUGCUACCCAGGCUAAUUGCUUUCUCGCUCACGGUGGUGGCUGGUCUGCUGCCAGUGACGGUAUCACCCUCCCUGGUGCACUCGAUAUCAAAUACACUCCCAGCGGCAGUGAAUACUAUGGCCAGACCGCGUCUUUGAUGGUAUCCUGCAUAAAAUCCUUCUCCGACACUUGGACUGCUACGGCUCGCCACUACCUGAUCAUAUACACUACGACGGACUGGUGGACGACCUGUACCGGCAAUAGCGCUGCAUUCGGGACGACCAAUCUCCUCCGGAUCACUAUCUACUCGACCUCAGUUGGCACGCUUCUUGCUGGAUGGCAGUACGAGACGUUCUUGCAAUAUGCGGACAGUAGCUCUGACCCAGGCGAUACUGAUUUGUUCAACGCUGAUGCUGCUGGUCUCACCAGUGCUGCCGGGCGUUGUCUUGCGUUAACGUCGGUUGAUGAUGCAAGCGAGCUACUACCCAACUCCAAUUAUGAUCUCCGCGAGCGGGCAUUACCCACCCUAGAAGUCCUCCGCCCAAUGGAUUAUCGCGCAGGUCAGCCCAUUCACCGAAAAUCCUCCGUGGACAGGCACGCGCAAAUUGCAGCCUCCACAGGAGACAAUGCACUUGCUGAGCCUUCAAAACAUACGGAUUUGUGGUUUUGUGAUGGUUCGAUCGUUUUGAGAGCAGAAGACACCUUGUUUCGCGUGCACAAGUCUCAACUUGCUCGCCACUCGCCCUUCUUCUGCGAUCUCUUCUCAUUGCCACAGCCCAGUGCGGAUAGUACGACGUCUUCUUCGACCGCCGUGGUUGCCAAGAGAAACCCCGCACUACAAAUAGAUACAACCAAUGAAAUAGAAGGGUGUCCUGUUCUGCGAUUGUACGACACAGCUGAGGACGUUGAGAAUCUCCUUACAGCACUUUAUGAUGGCCCAAACUUUGGGAAAAAUGACUCUGCCGAUUUUCGCAUGGUCUCGGGGAUACUUCGACUUGCAACCAAGUACCUUGUUGAUUCGUUGAGAACUAAAGCCCUUGUUCACUUAAGCAGGGCUUGGCCGACUUCACUCAAGGGAUGGGACGCUAGAGAGGACCUUGCUCGUGCUGACGAGAUGCAAAGUGGUCCUGGAAUGUCCAAUAUAUACCCUUCCCCAGCAGAUGUCGUUAUUCUUGCACGAGAAGUCAAUGCGCCAAGCCUCCUGCCUUCUGCAUUUUAUGACCUUUCACGAUACCACUAUACCCAACUUUUCGAGCAGGACGACGAGAGUGGCCCUUCUAUCGCAGACCUGCCGUUAUCAAAUGCAGACCUGCAAAGGUUAGCUUUGGGAAAAGAGGCAUCGCAGCACGCGAUCACAACUCUCAUUCGCUCCAUGGGAUCGCAUUCUCAUUCGCUUCUUUUGGGGCAUCACACACAUACGCAUCGCUCAUGCAGGAGAGAUUUCUCGGAACUUGUGGCGCUGGCCACUCAACACUAUCUCUUUGAUCGCGAGCGUGGUUGCACUGAUCCUUUGUAUGUUGCGGAGGAGCUUGGACAACCGUUGUAUGAUUUUGGUCAGGCUUCGGGUGCUGAUGAUACACGGUUUGGGGAAUCUCGCCGUAGCGCAGAAGUAUCUGAGUGCGAGGCGUGCGCGAGAGCGCUGGCGAUGUGGACUACGAGGGAGAGAGAAAGGAUGUGGAAGAUGAUACCAGCUUUGGUUCCGACUAGACGUUUAAUGUUCUUCAUGAAAUUUCUAGAUAGUAUGAGCACCUGUAUUGACAUGACCAUCAUUUCACGCGUAGUAUACCACUGA